CCUUCGGGCUGCGGGGAAGGAGAUCCAGCAGGCAACUCAAGCUAGGCGAUAAGCCCCAGGGAAGCCCAGGCCCCCGCCCCACGACACAGACAGGUGCAGAGCUGCAGAGCCGCUGUCCCUGUGGGAGGGGCAGCUCACCCAGCUAGGCACCUGUGUGGCGGGUUGAUCUGUUGGGGGUUAGUGACCAUCCCCGGGGCAGCCAGCAGAGCGGAACCUGUAGCUGAGAAGCGUCACCCUCCAGACCGGAUAACCUAUUGGUGCUCCCUGGAAGGACUUUAGUCUUUGGAGCUGAUGAGCUGAGUGAGAUAAGAGUUUGGCAGGCUGCGAAGGAGGGGAGGGAGCACUUCACAGCCGUCUGCUGCCCAGUGGGGACACAUCAUGGAGCCAAAGGCAACCCGGCUGCGGAGGGGAGAAGGGCCGAGAGGAGAGCAAGAGGACCGGCCCUCCGGAGAAGGAAGCACCGAGAAGGAUAGAGGCCUGGACUUGGUGCAAUGGACGCGACAUAUGGAGGUUGUGAAGACACAGUUGCUAGAACAUGCGCAGGGACAGCUGACGGAGCUGCUGGAUCGGGCCAUGUGGGAGGCCGUACGGUCCUACCCGCCGCAAGGCGGACCUCUGCCCUCCACGCCUCCAGAUUCCUUGAGCAAGGGCCGGGAGCCAUCCCCCGGGAAACGGAAAAUUUUCAUCAUCCGGAAGUCCCUGCUCGAUGAGCUGAUGGAGGUGCAGCAUUUCCGCACCAUCUACCACAUGUUCAUCGCCGGCCUGUGCGUCUUCAUCAUCAGCACCCUGGCCAUCGACCUCAUUGAUGAGGGCAGGCUGAUGCUGGAGUUUGACCUCCUGAUCUUCAGCUUCGGACAGCUGCCCCUGGCGCUGAUGACGUGGGUGCCCAUGUUCCUCUCCACCCUGCUGGUGCCCUACCAGGUCCUGCGGCUGGGGGCGAGGCCGCGGGCCGGAGGGGCCUGGGUGCUGCAGGCCAUCCUAGGCUGCGUGCUGCUGGUGGCCCACACCGUGGGGCUCUGCGCCCUCCCGGUGCUCGUGGCCCUGAAGUACCAGCUGCCACCCGCCUCCCGCUGCAUCCUGGUCUUCGAGCAGGUCAGGCUCCUGAUGAAGAGCUACUCCUUCCUGAGAGAGGCUGUGCCCGGAACCCUUUGUGCCAGAGUAGGUGAGGGCAUGCAGGCCCCCAGUUUCUCCAGCUACCUCUAUUUCCUCUUCUGCCCCACGCUGAUCUACAGGAAGACUUACCCCAGGACACCCAACGUCAGGUGGAAUUAUGUGGCCAAGAACUUUGCUCAGGCCCUGGGCUGCGUGCUCUACGCCUGUUUCAUCCUGAGCCGCCUCUGCGUUCCUGUCUUUGCCAACAUGAGCCGGGAGCCCUUCAGCCCCCGGGCUCUGGUGCUCUCUAUCAUGCACGCCACGUUGCCAGGCAUCUUCAUGCUGCUGCUCAUCUUCUUUGCCUUCCUCCACUGCUGGCUCAACGCCUUUGCAGAGAUGCUACGAUUUGGAGACAGAAUGUUCUAUCGGGACUGGUGGAACUCGACGUCCUUCUCCAACUACUAUCGCACCUGGAACGUGGUGGUCCAUGACUGGCUGUACAGUUACGUCUAUCAGGACGGGCUGUGGCUCCUUGGUGGCCGGGCCCGCGGGGCGGCCAUGCUGGCUGUGUUCCUGGUUUCUGCAGUGGUCCACGAGUACAUCUUCUGCUUUGUCCUGGGAUUCUUCUACCCUGUCAUGCUGAUACUCUUCCUUGUCAUCGGAGGGCUGAUGAACUUCAUGAUGCAUGACCGGCACACAGGCCCCGCGUGGAAUGUGCUAAUGUGGACCAUGCUUUUCCUGGGCCAAGGCAUCCAGGUCAGCCUGUACUGCCAGGAAUGGUAUGCUCGGCGACACUGCCCCCUGCCCCAGACAACCUUCUGGGGGCUGGUGACACCUCGAUCUUGGUCCUGCCAUACCUAGAGGUCAGGGCACCCUCACUGCCCAGAUGACACCACCACGUUCCUCUCAGCCUGCAAAGCCCGGGACCGUGGCUCCUCUGCCUGCACUCACAGACCUGGCUCCAAGCCACCGGGGCCUGGCACGCAUGACCCCACCAGGGAACUCCAGGAACUGCCAUCGGUGGACCUGUAGGACAGCUGAGCACAGACUCAGAAUGGUGGUGGCUCUUGAGCCGCCAGCCCCCUCCGCUGGGCACAGACCCCCCCCUCCUACCUCAUGACUGCCCAGACUUGAGAAAACUUGAAGGAUCUUCCAGAUUUGGUGAAGGCAGGGUGACCAGAGAAGCCGGAGCCCCCAAGGUCUGAGAAGGGUUUGGCCUGCCCUUCAUAUGGCUUCCAAUACAGUAAUAAACUCCGUGUCU